UCCAUAAAUUGGUUCAUUUAACUUGUGACCGAUUCAAAGCAGCCUUAGCCUUUACUCUUUCUCCACAUUUGACUCGCCUGGUACAAGAUAUAAGCAUUUGCAAUGGACUCUGAGGUUGUGAUGCACGAUGGUGGAUGUCAUUGCAAAAGAGUAAGGUGGAAAGUUGAAGCUCCCUCGAGUGUGGUAGUCUGGCAAUGCAGCUGUUCUGAUUGCUCGAUGAGAGGAAACACUCACUUUGUUGUCCCGUCCCAGAAAUUCGAGCUCAACGAAGAUUCAAAACAGUUCCUAACAACAUACACGUUUGGCACGCACACAGCAAAGCACAUUUUCUGCAAAAUCUGUGGAAUUACAUCAUUCUACAUUCCACGGUCAAAUCCAGACGGUGUAGCUGUUACAUAUAAAUGCGUAGAUCCAGGAACACUAAAACAUGUGGAGACCAGGCAUUUUGAUGGACAAAAUUGGGAGAGCUCGUACAAUAGGUCAGGCAUCUCCGCAUGUUCAAAAAUUCUACCAAAAGGUGAUGAUGAUUAGGUUUAGAUGUUCCAACAUGUGGACUAUGCUGUUAAUUUUAUAGUUUCUAGUAACACCAUACACAUUAUGUGCUUGGAAAUGGUUCAUAUGAUAUGUUAAAAGCGAUUCCUGCC